GCUGAUGCUUUAGUUCAGCGCUGCGCUUCAACGUGAGAACAUUGUGUCUCUUUUGCAAGGUCGUCUGAUUUAUAAAGUUAUAAGAAAAUUAUUCUCACUGUUGAAUUUCUCCAAAGAAUCAAAGUUUACUUCUUUCUUAUUAUAAUAAAUAAGAAAAAGAAAAGUAUUUACUGCUAAAAAUUUGUUUUUGUGAAUUGUGUGAACUUGAGAGUGCGAAGUUGGCUCAAAAGUUUUGUGAAGUCAGGGACGAAGUUGUAAAUUUUUUUGUGAACACAAAAAGUUUUUUGUGGUAAACAAGUGUUAAUUUCCUCGUGGUUACGAUACAAUAAUAUUGUUUCCCGCGCGCACUGCGGAUUGGCUGUACGGUUUUACUUGAGAGGCCAAGGGGGAGAGAAGAGAUAUAUAUACAUAUAUAUAUUGUGGUGGGGGCGAGUUGUUUCAUUCAUAAAAAAGUUCUUUAUUACUCUGUGAGCGCAUGUGCUAUUCUACAGCGUACUACAACCCCCUCCCCGUUUACGGGGCUAACUCUUCCGUAACUGCGGUGAUAUUUACUGUCGUGAGCCGAGUGUCUUGGUGAGAAGUAUACGCGGAACGAACAAGUGUCUUGUUUUCGUUUUUCCCCCCUCUUUUCCCCAACGUGUGUUCUCUCUAGUGUGAUAGGAUAUUUUAUCAAAAGUGGAUCUAUCAAUAGCGAAUACGGCGAAUCUAGUCGCGGAUCGUAGGAUCGGCGGCCUGGAUUCGCUCAAAUUAAAUCGCAAAUUGUGCGACUUUGAGGAGACGCAUCAUAGUUUCGAGGAUCGUCUCAAGGAGAAUAUGAAGGACAAUCGCGGAAUGAGGGCCGAAACAGCGCGACCGGGCAAACGGCCCCUCAGGGCACUGUCCGCUGCGGAGAAAAUGGAAGCGAUUCAGCGUGUUCACGAUGGCGAGAGUAAAGCGUCAGUGGCCCGGGAUAUUGGCGUGCCCGAAUCGACAUUACGCGGUUGGUGCAAAUCGGAACACAAAAUACGCGGCAUGGCGCGAAAUUCAUCAACGCCCGACAGUGAGGCCCACUCGCCGGCGUCGUCAUCGGGCGCCAACGUCACGAACAAUUCCCAAGCCGGCACGAGUCAUUCCAGCGAAGACGAGGGUCCAAUUCAAAAGCGAAUGAAGUCCGACCACCAUCAGGACCCAACGGACAACGUCGAUCUCAACGCGUCAAAAAUGGACAGCAAAAAGUUCGACUAUCUCGGUCUAAUGUCCAUGGCAGCGGCCGGUAUGCGCUCCGACAGCAGUGCCCUUCUCCUCCAGCAUCUCGGAAUGAUGUCCCAGAGUGCCAAAAACUACAUGAUGUCCUCGGCCCUAGCGCCAAGCUGUACUGUCGGCCUAGUCGAGAACGGCCUUCAAUACACCAAAAGUGGCAUCACACCCACCACCAACAACAAAAGGCACUCAAUAUGCGCCAUCGCGCCAACCCAAAUGGACUCAAUGGUGAAAUCGGUAUCGCGUAAGAGCCUCCCGCCCGCGGCCGAAGCCCCAACCACCCACGUACCAGCCUCACCAAACGUCCAAAUGUCCAACGUUCAUCUAAGUCAAAUUCCAAUGUCCAAUCAACUCUCCACCACAAUCACUCCCCAAUUAUCAAACUCAAUGGUCAAUCAACUCUCCAAUCCCAUGACCAACCAACUAACCAACUCAAUGACCACCCAACUCGCCAACUCCAUGUCCACCCAACUCUCCAAUCAACUACUCAACCAACUCUCCACUCAAAUGAACAAUCAACUACCAAAGAUUGUCAACAACACCGAAAAGAAGAACAACAACAACGACAUCAACGCAAAAAAAAUGGACGAAGCCCUCUGGCUCUGGCUAACCCAACAACAACAAAUAAUCGGUCAACAAUCAACCCCAUUCAAUCCCGCGAGUCAAGAGGGUUCCUGGUUCUGGAAAUGGUACCAACACUACGGUGUCAUGCCCCCAACAUUACAGUCAAUUUCACCAAAUACAACCACAACAACAACAACCCCAACCGCCCCAGUUGUAACACCAGUUACACGUGGUCCAACACCAGUACCACAAACAAACACCCUACCAAGACGAUCGCCAUCAAAAGCAAAAGCAAUGCUCGACAGUGUAUUGUGUAACAAUAACAAUGAAUCAUCAACAGUGAAGAAAUUAUUUAAUUUCGAUGACGAAUUGGAGGCAAAUGUGGAUGCGCCACAUUCAACUGAGGAGGCAAUUGAGCAUGGGGAAAAAUUCUUCAAGUGGCUUGACAAGUGCUCCGAUCCAGCUGUUACUCGUGUUCAAGUUUUCCAAUUUCGAAUGAUGCUGGACAAACUCAAGGACUGCAAGAAGAAGAGGGCCUCACCGAGUCUCAAGCAAAGCAGAAAGUAAAGACAACAACAACAAAAAGAAACAAAAGAUACCCCCCCUGUAAAAGGGUGCUGUGAUCGUUAAGUACAUAUGUAGUUUGUAUAUAUAUAUAAAUAUAUAGUCCAUAAGUUAUUUAGAUUUCGCGUUUUUAAUUAUUAUUAUUAUUAUUAUUAUUAAAAAAAAGGGAUGCGCACAAAACCCGCUCAAAUGAUUCACACCAAAAAAAAAUAACACGAACGAAAAACUAAUAAUUCUCUUCUUUACAAACUUUUUUAUUUUUUAUUCGCUUAGUAAUGACAGGGACCUUAGGGGACAAACAUUAGAUUCUGUACGAACCUAAUGUUUUUGUCCCCAAAGAUCACCGCGAAGUUAUUUCAUCCCUGAAUUUAACGUCAAAAAAAUACGCUUUUUUCACAAAAAUUGAAAAUUUUUUCUUAAUUGUCAGGUGAAAAAAAAGUGCCCUGAACAUAAAUUUGAUUAAAAAAAAUAGCGUCGACGCUAAAUUCAGGAAUAAAAUUCACAAUGCGAAUAUUAAUAAUAAUUCAAUGCUAUUAUUUAUAAAUCAAUAUUAAUAUUUUCUUUUAUUAUAAAAUUUCCAUUUUUAUUAACAAUAAUGAUUAAUUAAUUAUUAGUUGUGAAAUUUCAAACCACCGAGUGAUAUUGCAAAAUUA